AUGGCCCCCGCCGUCGUCAUCGACAACACGCCCGACUUCGACAGCAUGGACUUUGAAGCGCCCGCCGUCAAACCACACGCGACUCCCCGAACGCUCCUCCUCGCACCACCCUCCGUCGCAUCCCACCCCGACACUCUCACCAACGUCGCAGCAGCCUACGACCGCAAUGCCACAGACAUCCAGAUGCUCGAUCGCCUCGCCGCUGGCUUGGUUGCUCUGCCUGCCGCUACCUACGAUGUCAUCCUGAUCCUCACUGAUGUCGAUCGCACGAUGCAAGAGAGCGAGAGGUUGCUAAAACGGGAUGUCAUGGGGAGGAUAGUGCAGGCGCUGAAGACUGGUGGAAGAUUGCAGAGUCAAGGGGGUGCGUUUGCGGGGUCGCAGAUGACGGAGGCGAUUUUGGCGGGGUUGGAGAAGGAGGGUGAUAGUAUGGUCAAGGCAGAUAGGAGUGCAGCGCCGCAGACCGUGAAGUUGAAUUUCGGAAAGAAGAAGAAGGCGAAUGCGGCAGCUGUGUCGGGGAACGAGGUCGAGGCUGUGAAUACGAGUAAGAGGAAGUCACAGGAUAUCUCGACUGGGAGUGGGGUGCUUGCGCAGAGUGGCACGAAUGGUGUUGUGCAAGUCACACCAGCUGGCGUGGGCUUUGUAAACAGCAUGGACGACUUGGACGUUGGAUAUGAUGACGAUGAUGAUGAGUUCCCGGAUGAUGAGGCAUUGGCGAGUGCGGAGAGGAUCGAUCCGGAUACCUUGUUGACGGAGCAAGACAGGCAGAGACCGCUUGUGAUCCCCGAAGCAUGCAAGCCUAACACGAAGAGGCGGCGCGCCUGCAAAGACUGCACUUGCGGACUGGCGCAGCGUAUCGAAGCUGAGGACAAGGCUAAGCGCCAGGAGGCAGAUGCCAACCUGGCAAAGCUGACUUCCAAUGAUCUGACCGAGGUCGACUUUACCGUGCAAGGCAAAGUUGGCUCGUGUGGCAACUGUGCUUUGGGUGAUGCGUUCCGGUGCGAUGGCUGCCCAUAUAUCGGACUUCCUGCUUUCAAACCUGGCGAGGAGGUCAGGCUGUUGAACAACGAUGUGCAGCUCUGA